CCCAAGAAAAAGUCUACGCCACUGAAGUAUGAAGUUGGAGAUCUCAUCUGGGCAAAAUUCAAGAGACGCCCAUGGUGGCCCUGCAGGAUUUGUUCUGAUCCAUUGAUUAACACACACUCAAAAAUGAAAGUUUCCAACCGGAGGCCUUAUCGGCAGUACUAUGUGGAGGCUUUUGGAGACCCUUCUGAGAGAGCCUGGGUGGCUGGAAAAGCAAUCGUCAUGUUUGAAGGCAGACAUCAAUUUGAAGAGCUACCUGUCCUUAGGAGAAGAGGGAAGCAGAAAGAAAAAGGAUAUAGGCAUAAGGUUCCUCAGAAAAUUUUGAGUAAAUGGGAAGCCAGUGUUGGUCUUGCUGAACAGUAUGAUGUCCCCAAAGGGUCAAAGAAUCGAAAAUGUGUCACCAGUUCAAUGAAGUUGGAUAGUGAGGAGGAUAUGCCAUUUGAGGACUGUACAAAUGAUCCUGAAUCAGAACAUGACUUAUUGCUUAAUGGCUGCUUGAAAUCUCUGGCUUUUGAUUCUGAACAUUCUGCAGAUGAGAAAGAAAAGCCUUGUGCUAAGUCUCGAGCCAGAAAGAGUUCUGAUAAUCCAAAAAGGACUAGUGUGAAAAAGGGCCACAUGCAAUUUGAAGCACAUAAGGAGGAACGGAGGGGAAAGAUUCCAGAGAACCUUGACCUAAACUUUAUCUCUGGGGAUGUAUCUGAUAAGCAAGCCUCUAAUGAACUUUCCAGGAUAGCAAACAGCCUCACAGGGUCCAGCACUACCCCAGGAAGUUUCCUGUUUUCUUCUUGUGGAAACAAUACUGCAAAGAAAGAAUUUGACACUUCAAAUUGUGACUCUUUAUUGGGCUUUCCUGAGGGUGCCUUGAUUUCUAAACGUUCUGGGGAGAAGAAGAAACCCCAACGAGGUCUGGUGUGCAGUUCAAAAGUGCAGCUCUGCUAUAUUGGAGCAGGGAAAGAGGAAAAGCGAAGUGAUUCCAUCAGUAUCUGUACCACUUCUGAUGAUGGAAGCAGUGAUCUGGAUCCUAUAGAACACAGCUCAGAGUCUGACAACAGUGUCCUUGAAAUUGCAGAUACUUUUGAUAGAACGGAGAACAUGCUUUCCAUGCAGAAAAAUGAAAAGAUAAAGUAUUCUAGGUAUCCUGCCAUAAACAAUAGGGUAAAAGCAAAACAGAAGUCCCUUACUACUAAUUCAUAUACAGACCACUUAAUGGAUUGUACUCAGACAGCAGAGCCUGAAACUGAGAUGUCUCAGGUUAAUUUCUCUGAUCUUAAGGUGUCCACUCUUGUCCACAAACCCCACUCAGAUUAUAGAAAUGAUGGUCUCUCUCCAAAAUUCAGCAUACCACCAAGCAUUUCCAGUGAGAACUCACUAAUAAAGGGUGGGGCUACAAAUCAAUCCUUAUUACAUUCAAAAAGCAAACAGCCCAAGUUCCGAAGUAUAAAGUGCAAACAUAAAGAAAAUCCAGUUGUGGUAGAACCCUCAGUUACAAAUGAGGACUGCAGUUUGAAAUGCUGUUCGUCUGAUAUCAAAAGCUCUCCUUUGGCCAGCAUUUCUAAAAGCGGGAAAGUGGAUGGGUUAAAACUACUGAACAACAUGCAUGAGAAAACCAGGGAUUCUAGUGACAUAGAAACAGCAGUGGUGAAACACGUUCUGUCAGAGUUGAAGGAACUCUCUUACAGAUCCUUAAGUGAGGAUGUCAGUGACUCUGGAACAUCAAAGCCAUCAAAACCAUUACUUUUUUCUUCUGCUUCCAAUCAGAAUCAUAUACCUAUAGAACCAGACUACAAAUUUAGCACGUUGCUAAUGAUGUUGAAAGAUAUGCACGAUAAUAAGACCAAGGAACAACGGUUGAUGACUGCUCAGAACCUGGUCUCUUAUCGGAGUCCUGGUCGUGGGGACUGUUCUACCAGUAAUCCAGUAAGGCCUUCCAAGGUUUCGGUUUCAGGAGGCUCCACCCACAAUUCAGAAAAAAAUGGAGAUGGAACUCAGGACUCAGCCCAUCCUACCCCUAGAGGAGGUGACUCUUCACUGUCUGGGGAGUUGUCUGCCUCCCUACCUGGCUUAGUGUCUGAUAGAAGAGAUCUCCCUGCUUCUGGCAAAAGUCAGUCAAACUGUGUUACAAGGCGGAACUGUGGGCGAUCAAAGCCAUCAUCCAAAUUGCGAGAUGCAUUUUCAGCCCAGAUGGGAAAAAACACAGUGAACCGUAAAGGCUUGAAGACAGAGCGCAAAAGAAAACUGAACCGGCUUCCAGCUGUGACCCUUGAUCCUGCACUGCAGGGAGACAGAGAGAGUGGAGGUUCAGUGAGUGGUUCAUUGAGAGGGGGGGCAGAAGAUCCUGGUAAAGAAGAAGCCCUUCAAUUAGUGGGCCAGUUAACAAGUGAAGAUGGUACCCAUUUUUUUGAUAUUCAUUUUGAUAACAAGGUUAAACAGACCAACCCUGAUAAAAUUCCUGAAAAAGGCCUCUCUAUUGAAAACAGAAAAGGUCCAGAGCUGGACUCUGCAGUAAAUGGUGAGAAUGAACUGAAUGGUGUAAAUCAAGCAGUGCCUAAAAAGCGGUGGCAGCGUUUAAACCAAAGGCGCACUAAACCUCGUAAACGCACUAACAGAUUUAGAGAGAAAGAAAAUUCUGAGGGUGCCUUUGGGGUCUUGCUUCCUGGUGACCCUGUAAAGAAGGGGCGGGAUGAGUUCCCAGAGCAUAGAACUCCACCUUCAACAAACAAACUAGAGGAUGCACUGACAGAUCCGAAUCAUGCCGGCCCUUUAGAUUCAGUUGGGCCAAGGGUGAAUGUUUGUGAUAAAUCCAGUGCCAGCAUUGAGGACGUGGAAAGGGAGCCAGGAAUUCCCAGUUUGACUCCCCAGGCUGAGCUCCCUGAACCAGCUGUACGUACAGAGAAGAAACGCCUUAGGAAGCCCAGCAAAUGGCUUCUGGAAUAUUCAGAAGAAUAUGAUCAGAUAUUUGCUCCUAAGAAAAAACAAAAGAAGGUACAGGAACAGGUGCACAAGGCAAGGUCCCGCUGUGAAGAGGAAAGCCUUCUAGCCCGAUGUCGAUCUAGUGCUCAGAACAAGCAGGUGGAUGAGAAUUCUUUGAUCUCAACCAAAGAAGAGCCUCCAGUUCUGGAAAGGGAGGCUCCAUUUUUGGAGGGGCCCUUGAUUCAGUCAGAACUUGGAGGUGGACAUGCUGAAUUGCCACAGCUGACAUUGUCUGUGCCGAUGGCUCCGGAAGUCUCUCCACGGCCUGCCCUUGAAUCUGAGGAAUUGCUAGUCAAAACAUCAGGAAAUUAUGAAAGUAAACGUCAGAGAAAACCAACCAAGAAACUUCUUGAAUCCAAUGAUUUAGACCCUGGAUUUAUGCCCAAGAAGGGGGACCUUAGUCUUUCCAAAAAGUGUUAUGAAGCUGGUCACUUGGAGAAUGGCAUUAUUGAGUCAUGUGCUGCAUCUCAUUCGAAAGAGUUUGGUGGAGGCACUGCCAAGAUAUUUGAUAAACCAAGGAAACGAAAACGACAGAGGCAUGCUACAGCCAAGGUGCAGUGUAAAAAAGUGAAAACUGACGACUCAUCAAAAGAGACCCCAAACUCAGAGGGAGAACUGAUGACACACAGGACGGCUGCAAGCCCCAAGGAGACUGUUGAGGAGGGUAUAGAACAUGACCCCGGGAUGCCUGCGUCUAAAAAAAUGCAGGGUGAACGUGGUGGAGGAGCUGCACUCAAGGAGAAUGUUUGUCAGAACUGUGAGAAACUGGGUGAGUUGCUGUUAUGUGAGGCUCAGUGCUGUGGGGCUUUCCACCUGGAGUGCCUUGGAUUAACUGAAAUGCCAAGAGGAAAAUUUAUCUGCAAUGAAUGUCGCACAGGAAUCCAUACCUGUUUUGUAUGUAAGCAAAGUGGGGAAGAUGUUAAAAGGUGCCUUUUGCCCUUGUGUGGGAAGUUUUACCAUGAAGAGUGUGUCCAGAAGUACCCACCCACUGUCAUGCAGAACAAGGGCUUCCGCUGCUCCCUUCACAUCUGUAUAACCUGCCAUGCUGCUAACCCAGCCAGUGUUUCUGCAUCUAAAGGUCGUCUGAUGCGCUGUGUCCGCUGCCCUGUGGCAUACCAUGCCAAUGACUUUUGUCUAGCUGCCGGGUCAAAGAUCCUUGCAUCUAAUAGUAUCAUCUGCCCUAAUCACUUUACCCCUAGGCGGGGCUGCCGAAAUCAUGAGCAUGUUAAUGUUAGCUGGUGUUUUGUGUGUUCAGAAGGAGGCAGCCUUCUAUGUUGUGAUUCUUGCCCUGCUGCUUUUCAUCGUGAGUGUCUGAACAUUGAUAUCCCUGAAGGAAAUUGGUAUUGCAAUGACUGUAAGGCAGGCAAAAAGCCUCACUACAGGGAGAUUGUCUGGGUAAAAGUUGGACGAUACAGGUGGUGGCCAGCUGAGAUCUGCCAUCCUCGAGCUGUUCCUUCCAACAUAGAUAAGAUGAGACAUGAUGUGGGCGAAUUCCCUGUCCUCUUCUUUGGUUCUAAUGACUAUCUGUGGACUCAUCAGGCUCGAGUCUUUCCUUACAUGGAGGGGGAUGUGAGCAGCAAGGAUAAGAUGGGCAAAGGAGUGGAUGGGACAUAUAAAAAAGCUCUUCAGGAAGCUGCAGCACGGUUUGAGGAAUUAAAGGCCCAAAAAGAGCUAAGGCAGCUACAAGAAGACCGAAAGAAUGACAAAAAACCACCGCCUUAUAAACAUAUAAAGGUGAACCGUCCUAUUGGCAGGGUACAGAUCUUCACUGCAGACUUGUCUGAAAUUCCCCGUUGCAACUGUAAAGCUACUGAUGAGAACCCCUGUGGGAUAGACUCUGAGUGUAUCAACCGCAUGCUGCUCUAUGAGUGCCAUCCCACAGUAUGUCCUGCUGGGGGACGCUGUCAAAACCAGUGCUUCACCAAGCGCCAGUAUCCAGAGGUUGAAAUUUUCCGCACAUUACAGAGGGGUUGGGGUCUACGGACAAAGACAGAUAUUAAAAAGGGUGAAUUUGUGAAUGAGUAUGUGGGUGAGCUGAUAGAUGAAGAAGAAUGUAGAUCUCGAAUUCGUUAUGCCCAAGAACAUGAUAUCACUAAUUUCUAUAUGCUCACCCUUGACAAAGACCGAAUCAUUGAUGCUGGUCCCAAAGGAAACUAUGCUCGGUUCAUGAAUCAUUGCUGCCAGCCCAACUGUGAAACACAGAAGUGGUCUGUGAAUGGAGAUACCCGUGUUGGCCUUUUUGCCCUGAGUGACAUUAAAGCAGGCACUGAGCUUACCUUCAACUACAACUUAGAAUGUCUUGGGAACGGAAAGACUGUUUGCAAAUGUGGAGCCCCGAACUGCAGUGGCUUCUUGGGUGUAAGGCCAAAGAAUCAACCCAUUGCCACAGAAGAAAAGUCAAAGAAAUUUAAGAAGAAGCAACAGGGGAAGCGUAGGACCCAAGGUGAAAUCACAAAGGAGCGAGAGGAUGAAUGUUUCAGCUGUGGGGAUGCUGGCCAGCUCGUCUCCUGCAAGAAGCCAGGCUGCCCAAAGGUUUACCAUGCAGACUGUCUCAAUCUGACCAAACGACCAGCAGGGAAAUGGGAGUGUCCUUGGCAUCAGUGUGACAUCUGUGGGAAAGAAGCAGCCUCCUUCUGUGAGAUGUGCCCCAGCUCCUUUUGCAAGCAACAUCGGGAAGGGAUGCUCUUCAUUUCCAAACUGGAUGGGCGUCUGUCUUGUACUGAGCAUGACCCCUGUGGGCCCAACCCUCUGGAACCUGGGGAGAUCCGUGAGUAUGUGCCUCCCCCAGUAUCGCUGCCUCCAGGCCCAAGCACUCACCCGGCAGAGCAAUCAUCAGGAAUGGCUGCUCAGGGGCCCAAGAUGUCAGAUAAGCCACCUGCUGACACCAACCAGACGCUGUCGCUAUCCAAAAAAGCUCUGGCAGGUACUUGUCAGAGACCACUGCUACCUGAAAGAUCUUUUGAGAGAAUUGAUUCCAGACCUCAGCCUUUAGAUAGGGUCAGAGACCUUGCUGGGUCAGGGACCAAAGCCCAAUCCUUGAUAUCCAGCCAGAGGCCACUGGACAGGCCACCUGCAGUGGCAGGACCAAGACCCCAGCUAUCUGACAAACCCUCUCCAGUGACUGGCCCAAGCUCUUCACCCUCAGUCAGGUCCCAGCCACUGGAGAGACCUCUGGGGAUGGCUGAUCCAAGGCUGGAUAAAUCCAUAGGUGCUGCCAGCUCAAGGCCCCAGUCACUGGAGAAAACCCCAGUCCCCACUGGUCUGAGACUUCCACCACCAGACAGACUGCUAAUCACCAGCAGUCCCAAACCUCAGACUUCAGACAGAACCCCAGACAAAUCCCAUGCUUCUUUGUCCCAGAGACUCCCGCCUCCUGAGAAAGUACUAUCAGCUGUGGUCCAGACCUUGGUAGCUAAAGAAAAAGCACUGAGGCCUGUGGACCAGAAUACUCAAUCAAAAAAUAGAGCUGCUUUGGUGAUGGAUCUCAUAGACCUAACUCCUCGCCAGAAGGAGCGGGCAGCUUCUCCUCAUGAGGUCACAUCACAGGCUGAUGAGAAGAUGCCAGUGUUGGAGUCGAGUUCAUGGCCUGCCAGCAAAGGUCUGGGGCAUAUGCCGCGAGCUAUUGAGAAAGGCAGCAUGUCAGAUCCUCUUCUCCAGCCUCCUGGGAAAACAGUAGCCCCAGCAGAGCACCCCUGGCAAGCUGUUAAAUCACUCACCCAGGCCAGACUUCUUUCUCCACCUCCUGCCAAGGCUUUUUUAUAUGAGCCAGCAACUCCAGCCUCAGGAAGAGCUCCUGCAGGGGUUGAGCAGACCCCAGGACCUCCCAGCCAAGCCCCGGGCCUGUUGAAGCAGGUGAAGCAAAUGGCCGGAGGCCAACAACUACCUGGGCUUGCUGCCAAGAAUGGGCAGUCCUUCAGGUCUCUUGGGAAGGCCCCAUCCUCCCUCUCCACUGAAGAUAAGAAGUUUGCAACAACAGAACAGAAUCCCUGGGCCCUGGGCAAAGCCUCGCCCGGGGCAGGGCUCUGGCCCAUGGUGGCUGGACAGACACUGGCACAGUCUUGCUGGUCCACUGGGAGCACACAGACAUUGGCACAGACUUGCUGGUCUCUUGGGAGAGGGCAAGACCCCAAACCAGAGCAAAAUACACUUCCAGCUCUUAACCAGGCUCCUUCCAGUCACAAGUGUGCAGAAUCAGAACAGAAAUAGUACCAGUAAAUUUCACAUGAAGAGACAAGCUGCCCCCAGGGUACCAUUUGGGGAGGGGAAAUCUUUUCUUUCUUUUUUCCCCUUAAAAAACAGACCUACCCCAACAGUGUAUAACUUUUCCACUGUUAUACUUUCCGUAUACCCCAACAAUCAGAACUCUUGUGACGUUAGCUAGUGGGGGCUUGUGGUUGUGUGAACCAUGUAUGGAAACCCAAGUGGGCCCCAGCCAAGGAGACAGACAGACCUGGGUCUCUUUCCUGCAACUUUUACACAUGGUCAAUGUGAAAUAAAAAGUCCACUCUGGAAUCAAGCAUGGAAUUCAAUUCCGCUGGUCAGGUUGGAAGGUAUAGGGGCUCUCAAAGCUAUUUCCCCAGCCCAACAGAGGUCUGUCAAGGGCACCCGAUGAACUCUUGGGAGGAACUGAUGUUCACUCAAAUCAGUGGCAAUUUCCUGAGCAUUCACGUGAGCAAGGUUGGUGCUAGUCACUGACAGGAGAUAAAGAAAUAAGGCCUGAUCCCUGUGAGCCUAGCAUGCCUGUCUAGGUUCCCAGGCUGUUUUCAAGAACCUUUGACCAGGAAGUUCUAAGGGGCCCUGGGGCUCCAUACUCAGUUUGAAAUGUCCUUUGUGGCCCCAGAAACUGUGUUGAGUAAGUGUUUCCUACUUGGGGUGUGCGUGAGUAUGUGUGCAUGCAUGCACACUCAUGCCCAAAUCUCUCUAGAUGGAAGGGUGCUGCUUGAGGCCAAGUGGGCCUGUUGGCUGGGGCAGCCAUUGUUGCUACUUCUGUCUGGGCCGUGCAGAGUCUGAAGAUUUGUCCUUGGAGGAGCAGCUCAUUGGGGGGUGCUGGACUCUAUGAGAAUGUACUGGUGGAAGAAGGCAAUUGGCAAGCUUACCUUUCUUUUCUACCGAUUUUUCUCCUUUUACAUGAACCUAACCCAUCCCCAUUCCCCCAAACACUCAGGUGCUUUCAGAUUUCAGUGUCUCGGGCAGUGGACAUAGGGAGUCUCUGGCAAGCUCUGAGCUAGACAUACCAGCUUCAGGAGUGCCAGAUCCUCGUGGAAAAUUACUUUUCCCUUGAUCCUUUGCCCUCCUAACUGGACGGAGGGAGUCCUCUUCUGCACCUCCCUGAGAAUUGCUGUGCUCUCUAUUGAGAGCACCUGCCUGCUGACUUAGCUCAAAGGCAAGCCAGAACCCUUCCCCUAAGACUGGUGAGAUGUGGUGUUUAGAGCAAUGUCCAGUCUAAAAGAUGACUCCACAUAACUGCUGAUUAUUUGUUACUGCUGCCCUGAGCUGGGGCCUUAGGGCUGGGAAAUCUGUUGGUGCUAUCCUGCCCUUCCAUUCACCCAGCUCACUGACUGCCAACAGGAAGUGCUGUUUGGCUAGUUCCUUCCCACUCACCCACCCCUCCUUUGUCCCUAGACCAAACAUGUUUACCUCUCUGCUUUGCCAACUUAGCUAGCAGCUUUAGCCAACAGGCCAUCUCCUGGCCAUUCUGUCUCAGUUAUGGCUUUUACACCCUCAACAGGAUUCUGUAUUUCGUCCCAGUUUCCUCCUCCUAAGUUCUAUUGAAGUUACUCCCAUCACUUCCAAGGAGGGAACAGUAGUUGUUAUAAAAGCAUUUGCGCUUUAUAUAAAGAUUAAAAAUAGAAUCUGCUUUUAUUUCCCAAAGUCUGUCUCUGAGGUUGAGACUCUUGAACUCAGGCAGAGGGACGAGGCUGGGUAGGGCUGUCCCGAAUUUCGGGGCUUAUCCCUGCAUUUCACUGAGACCUCGGAAUCUCCUCUGUGAAUUCCACCUGCCUAGUUCUCCCCUUUCAUCCUCUCUCUCUUCCCACAUCAUCAGAGAGGAAAAGCUCUUUGUUCAAAAGGAAGAGAAAACGUAAAGCAUCUUAUUUUCUUUUAGAAGAAUUUUAAACCACAAAAAAGAUAUUUUUAAAGAAAUUCACCCAGAACAUUAAAAGUUCAUUAUAUUAAGUAUUUAUCAUGUGUGAGAAUAAUAAGUAUAUAACUGCAGCUAGUAGGUCCCUUUCCCUAAUCUCUUAGGUUGUAUGAGUAGGGUUUGCUUGGUGCCAGUCCUGUGCCCUUUCCUCUCCUGUCAUCUGUAGUUGUGAUCAGAAAAAAGGUAUCCACACUGCACUGUCAGAAUCUCCUUUCACUGUGUUGUGUGUUAAAUUACCGUAGCUCUUUGUUUCAUGAAAUAAACUGUGAAUUUUGGGGGGUGGGGGGCGGGGCGGGGGCUUGCAGGCUAUGUAAAAAUUUUAAGUGGAGAAGUUUGAUCCUGGUGUAGCUUCUCUGAUGUAGGCUUUGGUAGGUAAUUGACUUGACAGCCUUCUAGAUAUGUCUCACAGGACAGGCAGGAGUGAGGGAAAGAGGACCAUGAUUGGCCGCUUUGUGGUUUUGUUUUGGUUCUUUCCAUUCUCCACCAUUCACUGGAGGCUUAGUUCCAGACCUGCCUGGGGAAAAAACUUCUGAGCCGUACUUGGUUUGGAGGGGGCCGGUUCUUUACCUGAAUGGAUGGGCAGCCAGGCUUCCAUCCAGGGCCAUUUAAAGACUCUCAGUUUGUUGAAUGGAAACUAGAAAUUUGAGCUAUUGGGCAUCUAUAGCAGUAUCUGAUACUAGAUUGUUAAAAUCAUGACAGUAGUAACUGCUCAGUUAGAAGCAAAGGCAGAACAACUGUUGGAAAAUGAGAUUUGUAUGAAGGUGGGGCGGGAGUGACCUUGCCAGCCCUUCACACUUCUGAAGCCUAUAAUGAGACACUUUCUCCAAGCGGGUGUGAAUCGCAGUUAAAAGGAAAUCUUUUAUCUUAGAAACUUCUGGUCAUUGUGCAGGAUGGUAUUUUGGUAUUUGUUGUUUGGCUAAGUGCUUGGGAAUUGGGAUCUCAACAGAAUCUGCCCCCUAGCCAGCUCCCCAGGAAGCAUUUUCCAAGGGCAAGCCAAAGGUUGAAAUGUUCGAUAGGUAGCUAGAAAGCCAAUACGUCUCCUAGCCCUGUUAAGUCGGGGAAAAAAAAAUUAGGGAAAAUGUGGAAAUUCAAAGACUUAUUUGCUUCUCUGCUGGAGCCAACCCAUUCGAAUAGCAAAAUAUUGCUACAAAAGCAUCCAUUUUUAAAAGUCUGCUUUCCCCUAAAGUUACUGAGUUUGAGAUUAAUUAAAUCACUGUGUUGAUCUUCUUAACCAAAUCCACAUCUUUAGCAUUGAUGAAAAUAACUUUUAUUCUUCACAAUCUCUAUCCCACACUACAGUCAGGGCAUGAAAUGAACUAAUGAUCCUUAAAUUGGGCUCUGCAUUGUCUACUCAGUGGAGCUGAACUCCCAGGUUGUAGUUGUCAUGUUGCCUCAUGAGAAUAGAAUGUCUGGAAGGAAGUCUGGUCCUGGCAGCUUCCCCUGUGGAGAGUAAUCAGGAGAGCACUAACCUUGGAUGGGUUUUACCCUUAGCCUCCUAUAAAGCAGGUUUUCUCCUAAGGCUUUUUUUGGAUAUUGUCAUCUUCCUGGGGUUUGUCAGACAAGAGGUCUGAGGGGCCCAGCGUCCUAACCUCUCUGAGAUCAUGGCAGAAAAGGAGCCGCCUCAUGCCCCUCUUCCUGCUGAGUAACGUUUGAGCUGUUCCAUGUGUUAGACAUUCCAGAACAUGUAGAGCCAGGUAGCUGCUGCAUGAGACUUUCAUUGGCUGUGGCCAAUUAGUUCUCAGCUGAGCUUCCUAGGGCCAUUGCAGCAGGGCCAGAGGUUGCUGUAGUAUAAAUUGAAGUAAGAAUAGAUAAUUGCUUUGUACACACAAAAAAUGUAAUGAUGGUGCUAAUUUCAUGGUAUAAAUAAGCACUGCCAAGGACUGAGGGAUUGGCAACUUGAGGAAACCCUGUUCCUGUUUGGGAAGAAGAGAUUUUAUGUAGAAAGGUUUUUUUUUUUUUUUUUUUUUGAGGCUCUAUAGAGGUGGGGAGAAGGCAGAGCCUCAGUGAAGCCUGCACCCAAUCCUGGAGUGGUCUAGAGCAAUCCAGAGGUGAAAAGAGAUCCCAUAUCCAGAGGAAGGUGGCCAUUGAGUUUCUCAGGGCUGGGGUCACCUUGUCCAUAGCCUCCGUCCACACUGCCUGGAACAGGUUGGUAGAUAGCUCUGGGUGUGGGGUCUCCAUCGGUUACCUUCUGCCCCUCUCUACCUCUUCGACUCUCAUGGGAGCACCUCUAUUGCUUAUGAAGAUUAAGGGUAAUAUUUCUUAAGGAAGUGGAAAGAGUUUAUUUUAAUUAGAAAUCCACAACCUCGAAAGAAAUGUUUCCUACCAACAUAAGCAAAAACAGCACAUGUUAAACUCUUAUGUGGUCCCUUCUCUAGAGCCGCUUUCCCAUGACUUUCAAAACAUCAGGCUAUUGAGGGGCUUCAGGUGUAACACCCUGGAAGUUAAGCAAAGCUUUGUGAACAAGAAAUGAGCACAGGGAAUGCAAUCAGGAACAAAUGGUUCUGGUGCUUUAGACUUCCGGGGUCAGGGCAGAGCAGGCGGUCUCCAGGUCUGAGGUGGGUGCUGCCUGUGUGUGCAUGUAGGUGAGAAUGUGUUGAAGGUGGGUAAGUGCAGCACACAGGAGCUCAUGGAGGAGCAGCUUUCUAGGUCUUGGCAAAGAAACAAGCUGACAAUAGAGAUCUAUCUUUAUAUUAAGAAAGGGGCGAGGUGGGGUCAGCAAAGGUCCAUCAAUAUUUUUUUGCCUCUCACCCCCAAAGAUUGUCAGCUGUAAGUGAAACUCCUAGUGAAAAAGAGGGGAGCCCUGUGAUAGGAGUCCCCAUAAACAUGUACUGUAAUUCUUUGUAUAUAGAAAAAAAUUACUGUAAAGUAAAGUUUAACUUUACUCUUA